AUGGAGUCCCUUGUACGUGACACCGACCUCACUGUUAGCGCACACACUUGUGAGGAAUCGAACACUCACGGUCUAUCGAAGCUCCUUCUCACACAUUUAAAACUUGACAAUAUAAUUCUUGAGUCGGUCAGUUGCGUUGGUCGGGGCCAUAACGGGGACGCGCGAAGCCAAUGGUGGUCCCUUUCUGCAGGUCAUUUGGGAAAGUGGUGUCAUAACCAACACGGUACACUUCAUGGAGGGUUAUGCCUUGCAAUUUUAUGCGCUCUCUCCAAGGCUCAUGUGGCAAUGUAUAUAAAGCUGCAUUGCGCCAAUGGGAGUGUCACUACUGGAAGGAAUGAAGGGAUAACCACGGGGGGAUCCUCAACGCCUUCAGUACUCGGAGUACAUAUUCAAUAUCUAUUGCCAGUUGUAACGACCCACUCACUGAAAGUUUUAACAAAAGUAAAGUGUGAGGAAGAUGCGGUAGUACGCGUGGAUGCGGUACUGUUUAGAGCAGUUGAUGUGGAGAAGCAGCAGCAUGGAGGGCAUUUACUUGGUGGGUGCUCACCGUUAUGCAAAGCCACCAUCAAUAUGAAGCGACAGCAGAAGCGAAUAUGUUCAUUGUAA